AUGAGCCCGCGUCUCGUCGCUGCAUUCGCCUUCCGCGAGAUGCACGCCUUCCCGAAGAGCGGCGCCGCGCGAAGGGCGAGGUUUGUCAUGGCGGCGGAGCUCGCGCGCGUUGGGAAGGACGCCGCGGCGUGGGAGGCCGCGGGCUUGUCUGCCAUGAAGGCGGGCGCGGCACCGCCGCGCCCGGCGAGCUGUACGCAGGCGCUGGUCGUGGCUGCCAUGCGGCUGGCGAGGGGGGAGAACAAGCUCGCCGGAAUGGCGGCUCGUGCGGGGCGGAGCAUGGCGCAGGAGGAGGGGAGCAGAGACCGCUUGGCCGUGCUCUGCGGGUUGCUUGUGGCAGCUGCGCAGGCGGGGGAGAGGGAGUUUAAGGACGCCGUGGCGGAGUAUGGAAAGGCGCGCGCGUAUGCGAGGGACGUGGGCGAUGCGUGGAUUGAGAACGCCGCGGACCAGGGCAUGGUCCAGACGUGCGUCGCGGCGUAUGGGCGCAAGUCGAGGCAGACUUCCAUGGCUAUUGAGGAGGCUGCGGGCGCGGCGGAUAACUGCUACGGGCUGCUGGAAAGCACGUGGACGGAUGCGCUUGUCGGGGACGACGUCGAUAUGGAGACGAUGGAGGCCCUGGCAGAUCGGGCGGUGGUGGAAGUACAGGGCAUUCGUGAGGAGGAUAGUGAGCUUGGAUGGCAUGCGCGAGCGCUAGGGGAUUCCUUUGUUAUGCCAAAGGCAAUGCUUGCGGCGAUUGCCAAGUCUAGGCAUGGGCAAAUGUUGAUGGCACAGAAGCAGCCUACCCUUGAGUGUGUCAAGCAGGCGCAGGGCUGUCAGAUGGAGGCCGCGACUUUGCACAAGGGUCUUCCAAACCCUUUCGCGCACCUGGGGUGGAUUUUUGAGAAGCGCCAUGAACUUCUCCACGACGACAGGUCCCUCCUCCGUGCGAUGCGCUGCUACGAAAAGGCUGUCGGGAUGGACGCGGCUCACCCGCUGGCGGCGAGGUCUUUGGCGCGGUUGCUGAAGGACUCAGGCAAUGAGAGUGAGGCCGUCUUGGUUGCCCGUGAGGCUGUCGGCCGAAACCCAAAGGCGCGGUGGGCCCACAACCUCAUCGGGUGGUCGCGGAUAAGGAAAAUUCGCUACAACGAAGCUUGCAUAUCGUUUCGCAAUGCACUCAAGGGAAAGCCUCAGCUGUCCAGUCGGGCAAGGGAGGUGCUCUACGGAACGACUGUGGGGCAAACUGUCGGGGACAAUGACUUACUCAUUGACGUUGAUUCUUGGCGCGGGCUCAGCGUGGCAUACAUGCGACAGGGUAUGUUUGGACCAGCUAUUGCGUGCCUGGAAGAUGCUCUGCAACUCGCCAAGAAUCCUCCCUAUUUUGUCACAGUUACGGUCGGGAACUUUGGACAGCUUCGGGAAUCACUUGCUCUGCUGUUGGAGUCUGAAAAGUCUGUCCUAAUGCAACUAGAUGGACAAUCUGCAGACGCUAGAAACAGUAUGGAGUCUAUUCUGCAAGACUCUCGCGCCCCUGGGACUAUCAAGAGAUACUUGAGUGAAGCGUUAGUUUACAUAGCUGCCAAAGACUGGGUUUCAGGCUGCUACAGCAGGGCAACAAAAGGCAGGAUAUGUGCCGCUCAGCUCCUUGAGCAAACACUCGUAGAUCACAAGCAGGACAUGCCCUCCCUGAACCCGUCAAGUCUAUGGAAAGAGCUGGGCGAUACACUUGUGGAGGUCGGGACGUCGCACCCAAAAUUUAUGCAGGAACUAAUAGGAGCGGCUGAGAUAAGCACUGCACUUUCGCAGGCCGAAGUCGCGUACAUGAGGGCCUUGCACUAUUCACCCUGGGAGAAGCAAAAGCGGGUACAAGAUGCGAUUGCUGCUAUGCUGCGUUCUGCAGUUGUGAAAAAUGACACGGCUUACGAAUCAAAAGCAGUGGACCUGUUGAGCCAAAGCCAACUCGAUCCGUCUGUUAUGGCCUUACUGGUCUUGGACUGUGCAGCGAUUCAAGAGAAGGAGAGUGUGCAGCGAGCCGCAUUGGAGAUAGCGCUCCGAGUUGCAAAGUCUGUCGUAUCAACAAAGCAUCUCAUUGCCCUCGAGGCGUCUGUCGCUACUGUGGCGGCGCAACUUGGUGAUAUUGCUGUUGGGGCUUGGACCUCUGUAUCGGCUGUGAGCCGUGAUCCAUCUAAUUGGUGGGGAUGGUUCGCAGUGGGAGUCAUUCGCGAGGCAGAUGCGCGUAUCAACGGUUGGCCAUUGGCCAUGAUACAGUCAAGUGAAGGUGCGUAUCGGGAAGCCGACAAGUUGGGCGGGGGCCCAUGCGCAGUCCGUGGAUUGCUGCGCUGUCUGAUUAAGAAGUUGGAGAAGAGAAAGGAUAUCGAUUGGAAUGCAGAAGAUUCCUACGCGGAAGCUUGCUUUUGCAUCUCAACCGCCGCCCGGGUUGGCGUGUCAGAACCAAGCGCGUGCAGAGAAGUGAUCGACGAGUUCCGGAUGUCCAAGGAGAAUGAGGCGAAAGCACAAGGCCAACAGAUUGCUGAAUCCCAAAUCGCAUCCGAGGCCUAUAGACAUGUACAUUUAUAUCCGUUCCUUCCAACUGCCCUGGGCGUAGCAUUGCCAUAA